CAGGGCGGCCGUGGCCUCCGUCCCCAUGUGUGUCAUCUGCUUCAUGAAGGCGCUGGUGCACGUGUUCAAGAUCUACCUGACCGCCAACUACGCCUACAACUUUCGCAGCUGGCCCGUGGACUUCCGCUGGGACGACUCACUUGCGGCCGGCGGGGGCAGCGGGCACCGAGCGCUGACUUGCGCUGCCGCCGCAGCGGGCGUGUGGCUGCUGCGCGACACGGCGCUGGGCGGGGACGCGCGGGGGCGGGCGCCGCGCAGGGCGCGCAGCCAAGCGCUGUGCCUCCUGCAGCAGAUCCGCGAGCUCCCCAGCCAGCUCGCCAGCUACGCACUGGCGCACUCGCUAGGCCGCUGGCUGGUGUACCCCGGUUCCAUAUUCCUGAUGACGCGCGCGCUGCUGCCGCUGCUGCAGCAGGGCCAGGAGCGCCUCGUGGUGCGUUACCACGGCCGACGCGCCAAGUUGGUAGCUUGUGACGGCAAUGAGAUCGACACCAUGUUCAUGGACCGCCGCCAGCACCCGGGCAGCCAUGGCCGCGGACUGCACCUCGUCAUCUGCUGCGAAGGCAAUGCCGGCUUCUACGAGAUGGGCUGUCUGGCUGCGCCGCUUGAGGCCGGCUACUCGGUGCUGGGCUGGAACCACCCAGGCUUUGGAGGAAGCACCGGCGCGCCGUUCCCCCAGCACGAUGCCAACGCCAUGGACGUGGUGGUCAAGUACGCGCUGCAUCGCCUGCGCUUCCCGCCCGCGCACGUGGUGAUCUACGGCUGGUCAAUCGGAGGCUUCACGGCUACCUGGGCCACCAUGACCUACCCUGCACUGGGGGCGCUGAUACUCGAUGCCAGCUUCGACGACCUCGUGCCGCUGGCGCUGAAGGUUAUGCCCCACAGCUGGAAGGGGAUGGUGGUGCGCACCGUGCGCGAGCACUUCAACCUCAACGUGGCCGAGCAACUGUGCCGCUAUUCUGGGCCGGUGCUGCUGCUGCGGCGCACGCAGGAUCACGUGGUCAACACCUCAGGCCACCUACCCCCGCUGCCGCCCAGCGACGUGGAGGGCAACCGCGGCAACGAGCUGCUCCUGCGCCUGCUGCAGCACCGCUACCCGGCCGUGAUGGGGCGCGAGGGCCACGCCACGGUGAAGCGAUGGCUGCGCCGCACAGGCAGCCCAGAGCAGGAGGCUGCCGUCUACGCUCGCUACCGCGUGGACGACGAGCAAUGCCUGAUGCUGCUGCGCUCCUACCGCUCGCAACGCGAAAAGCAGCUGGAGGACCCGGAGGCCUGCGAUCCACACGGGCCCGCCUUCCCCUGGCUUGUGGGCCAGGGCCUGAGCCCACGGCGGCGCCGGCAGCUGGCGCUGUUCCUGGCACGAAGGCAUCUCAAGAACGUGGAGGCGACUCACUGCAGCCCACUGGACCCUGAGGACUUCCAGUUGCCCUGGAAGCUGUAG